AUGUCAAGACUUGGGCGUGCAUGUCUGGAUGGCGAAAUGGGCCUCGUCAACCGGUACCGGGAGGGUAUCAAGUGGAUGAAGCGAGCAGCAGAGUCUGCAGACCACCAAUACAACUCUGCCCCGUAUGAACUUGGUCUGCUCCAUGAAACUGGAUACGGAGAUGACGUUUUCCAAGACGAAGCAUAUGCCGCGCAACUAUUUACCAAAUCCGCAGAGUUAGGCCAUCCCGACGCGGCUUACCGACUAGGCGAUGCUUAUGAACACGGCAAGCUUAACUGCCCUGUUGAUCCCGCGCUGAGCGUACAUUUCUAUACUUGUGCUGCGCAAUUGGGACACGCCCUGGCGAUGAUGGCGUUGUGUGCGUGGUUCAUGGUUGGCGCGGAGCCACUGCUUUCAAAAGAUGAAUAUGAGGCAUAUGAAUGGGCUAAGAGCGCUGCUGAACUAGGACUUCCAAAAGCACAGUAUGCCGUUGGCUACUUCACAGAAAUGGGCAUCGGAUGCCGCCGCGACCCCCUCGAAGCCAACGUCUGGUACGUCAAAGCAGCCGACCAAGGCGACGAGCGAGCGAAACACCGUAUCGCGGCAAUCCGAGCAGCAGCAUCCGGUGCUGAUCCUACGUCCGCGGCGUCGAAGCGGCGAAAUAAAGGAGGUCAGCAGACUGGUUCUCCAGAUGACAAAAAUGGAAAAAACAAGAGAUUCAUGAUAUUUUGA